AGACAUGGGUGGGUCUUCGAGUGUGGGCCCCCAACAAAAUUUGUUUCCGCAAGCAAGCAGGUACAGAAUGGCAAAAGUAAGCUUUUUACAGGGAGGCCAAAUCUGCAGAAGCUUCUUCCUUUUCUUUCUUGCCACAGAUGUGAUUAGUUCAGCACUUCCUUCAAUCAAAAGAUUGCUUCUCCAAUCUGUCUGUUUGUUCUGAUGCAGUAACACAUAUGUAUCUCCAGCUAAGCAAACAAAUCUUAAUCUGGCUUCCGGCUCAAAAGCUUCCUCCAAAGCCAGCAAACAAGGACAGCAUAAUAAGCUGCUGAUUCAUUCUUGUGUCAGGCAAGCAGGGAUGUCGGCAUGGAGCUUAAUAGGACAAUUUCAAAUAAUUACAUGAAAAAGAAGGUGGAGGUGUUUUGGUUCCAUCUAAGCACAUGGCAUGUCCCUGCAUGAUGUGCUUGGCGAUGGCACCAUACUUUUACCUUCCUUUACUUCAUCAAAUAAUUUGAGCUCUCUCUCUCUGUCACACUUCAUAAUUAUAUAACAAGAUUUCACCACAGGUAACUUGAUUUUUUUCUCUGAGAAUAACAUGGCACAGUGUUUUCUCUUGAAACUUCAUGGAUGAAUAUCGAUUCAAAACUGAACACCCUAAUACCAUGUUAGACGAUUUGAUUGUGUUCCCAGUAAAAAACUUGUGGUUAGAAAAGGCCCCGAUAUUUUAUUUAACUCCAACAAUGAUGAUCUACUUUUUCUCUUUCUUUUCAUGAGGAUGCCUUUGUAGCUGCUGAUCCCAUGCUGAUUCUGCUUUUCACCAGUUGCAUGUAAUAUUAAUGUAAUUGCCUUUGUUGCUUUGGAUGACAGUGUCCAAGGUUGCUUCACCUUAUAAGAGAAGCCUCCCCACCAGCCUUAUUUGGAACACAGAAUCCGCACACAACUUCUCCCAGCUAGUGGCAGCAGGAGGAGCCCCGGCUCAAUAUGAAGAACAUAAACCAUCAUCAAGCUGGAGGUGUUCCUAUUAGGUCGAUCGGAUAUGCAGCUGAAGUGGCUGGAAAACCUGCUGUUUCUACAGAUCUUAAUAGACUCUGUCUUCAAACCACUUCGUCAGAUUCCUCCCAGUAUAAACAGAAAGAAGUGGAUUCACUAAUGGCUUGGAUGAGCAAAUUCAGAAAGAAGGCAGACAGCUACAUGAAAGGCAUAAAAUAUCAUGUGAGUCUAGGGCCCAAAAUCUCGGAGACAGUGAAGGGAAAAUUGAGCUUGGGUGCAAAGAUUCUUCAAGCUGGAGGUGUUGAAAGAGUCUUCAGGCAGAAUUUCUCGGUUGCAAAAGGAGAGAAGCUGUUGAAGGCAUUCCAGUGCUAUCUGUCAACCACAGCAGGCCCUAUAGCAGGACUGCUCUUCAUUUCCACUGACAAGAUAGCGUUCCGGAGUGAUCGAUCCCUCAGGAUCACUUCUCCCAAAGGAAAUUUGGCGAGAGUUCCUUACAAGGUUUUGAUCCCAGUAGGAAGGGUGAAAAGGGCCAGCCUGAGUGAGAACUCAGACAAGCCUCAUCAAAAGUACAUCCAGAUUGUCACCGGGGAUGAUUUUGAGUUCUGGUUUAUGGGUUUUCUCUGUUAUCAGAGAUCUCUGAAGUACUUAAGAAGAGCAAUCUCAAGAUCUCAAGUAGGAGUUCUGCAGUGAAAGGAAUUGGAGUGCCUUCUUGAUUCGAAUAGUUCUGUACAUUUAGGUGGUGGAGUGUUAUGACUUGUAUUUGGUACUGAAACUGCUCUCAAUUUUCCAGAAGAGUCAAGUUCAA